UGAAUUCUGGUUGUCCCACAAUUACAAAUAUACCCAUUUCAUGUAACAGAACAUUAUUCAUCCCACUGAAAUUCUAAUUAAAAACAUAGGGAAAAAGAAAGUAACCUACUUGCUUGUGUCUACACGCAGACAUAUGUGGGUACAAAAAGAGUGCACUUUUCUCUCUGUCUCAUGUGCUAAAGAUGCCUCCUCGUGGCCUCUCCUUGGUUUGCAUGUUAAUACAGAGACCGCACAAGUGGAUAGCAUUCUCUUACCCAUAUAAAUUUUACCACCAGGACAUUUUGGAAAUAAUGUAGAAAAACUCUAACCUCCCAUGCAUAGGAGGAGAAGAGGUAGGCUUACAAGUCAAAACAAAAAGAGUUAGCUUGAUUUCAGUUGCAGCAAAAUGGGAUCAAGUGGACUGGUUUUGGCAAGAAGUACAUGGCUUUCAACAUUGCUGCUACCGUGUGUUCUUCUUCUUAUUCUACCUUCCAUGGUUAAAGCCCAAUUCCCUGGUUGUUCCACCCAAGGUUUGGUAGGCCUAGACCACCUUGAACCUUGCUUGAAUUACCAAGUUAAAAGCUCCACGGAUGCUUGCUGCCAAGUUCUUGAUCAAAUGGUCAAGGACGGAUAUAACUGUAUGUGCUUGUUAUUAUCUUCCACCUCCACCACAAGCUCACUCUCAAGUGCCCCACUUUCAUUGCCAUUUGCUAAUUGUUACAUCUAUGUACCUCCUUUGAGGCAAUGUCCAGGCAACACAAACGUCCCAGCUCCACUGGUUCUCCCACCCAACAUCAAUGGCAGUGAACCCAUGAAUCCACCUUCUUCCAUGGCAACCAACUUCACACCGCCACCUCCACCAUCACCACCACUGCUUGAUGCCACCAUCCUCACGCCACCACCACCACCGCCAUCACCUCAACUGCCACUGCCACUGCCACCACCGCUUGGCAUACAGACGUUGAUGAACUUGACUCAGGGUAAGAGCAUCACAACAGUAGUAGAGGAAGAGCCACAUUCCAACAACAAUGGUCCAUUAAAUUCGACCGUGCCUUACAAUAAUGGCGGUUUUGUGAAGUCAUACAUGUACAGUGGAGAGUCCACAAAACAAGUCAAGAUCUGGAACUACCUCUGGGUGGUUUGGGUUGUAGUGAUUCUUCUUCAGACAUGCAUUCUGUAA